AUGACAGGCGCAUCAUACUAUGCCGUGACGAACUCCCUAGACGUUGAGCACUAUCAAGAGCUUGUCGACCGUGGAUGGAGAAGGUCAGGCACGCUGUUGUACAAACCCGAUGUACUACGAUCCUGUUGCCCUCACUAUACCAUCCGACUGCCAGUAGCUUCUUUCAAGCCCCGGAGAGAUCAAAGACAAGCAAUCAAUCGGUGGAACAGAUAUGUGGCUGGCGAAGCAUACUAUGCAGAGGCGGCGAGAUUACGCCCAAAGUCGAAGGGAGAGAAAGCUCGUCAGAGAACUGAGUUCGACCUGAUCGAAACCGUACACGAGAGCGAGUAUGACCGACUUCCCGAACCGCCGGAGCAAGAGCACCAGUUCAAGGUCACGCUGGAGCCGGAUACCUUUACAGAAGAGAAGUUCAAGUUGUAUGCAAAUUACCAGCAGGUUGUACACCACGACAAGCCGUCUGAGAUCACGCGGACGGGGUUCAAGCGCUUUCUCUGCGGAUCUCCGCUGCAGCGGACGUCGCGCGCCCUGAACGGAAAGACUCAAUCACUUGGUUCUUUCCACCAAUGCUAUCGACUUGAUGGCCGGCUUAUCGCAAUAGGCAUUAUCGACCUUCUGCCCCACUGUGUCAGCGGCGUGUACUUCAUCUAUCACGAAGACUUCGAGAAAUGGAGCUUCGGCAAGCUUAGUGCUCUGCGGGAAGCCGCGUUGGCCUUGGAAGAAGGAUACGAGUUCUAUUACAUGGGCUACUAUAUCCACCCGUGCACCAAGAUGAGGUACAAAGGAGAGUACAAACCGCAACACGUGCUGGAUCCGGAAACGAAUGAGUGGAACCCCCUCGAACCGGAGAUCAGGCAGCUGCUCGAUAAUAAAAAGUUUGUCUCGCUGUCACGCGAGCAACGGCUGAAUGAAGCUGCACCCGAAACCAGUGAGCCGGAGAAAGUCGACCUCGACCGUACGGACAUCGAUGGCUAUCAGUAUGGAAGUCCUACGGAAGCGGCAGGAGCGGCGAAUUCGGGUUUGUCCUUGUUCAGCUUCCGCAUGCCAGGCAUCAUGACUUUGGAAGAGCUCAUGACCCAGGUAGACCUUGGCAAGAUCUCGAUAAGUCUCGGUGGCGGAAUGCUAGUGAAGAUGGAGGAUCUCGUGUCAUUUGAAGAUAGCUCUCCCCUUGACUCGCAUUCGUUGAAGGGGCUGAUAGCAGAGUUGGCUGCAUGCGUUGGUCCGAUUGUGGCAAAGGAGAUGGUGGUGAAGCUGAGUACUUGA